UCCAGAGAUAAAUAGGAGCAGCCUCAGCACGAGGCAGCAGUGCGUGUUCUGCUCCCGAGCCUUGUCCUGCUCCUGAGCCUCGUCCUGCUCAGCGCCCGUGGCAGCACCAUGGCUCUCCGCCCCUUCCUGCUGCUGCUGCUGCUGGCUGCCACCCUCCUCAUCACCCAGGCUCAAGGCAUUGGAAGCUCAGCCUCGGACUGCUGCCUGAAGCACAGCCGGAAAGCCAUCCCCAGCAGCGUGGUGACAUCCUACCGCAUACAGGGACCCGAGUCGGGAUGUUUGCUUCCUUCUGUUGUGUUCACCACCAAGAGGAAAAGGAAAAUCUGUGCCUCUCCCAUGGACAGCGCUGUCCAGAAGUUGAUGCAGGACCUGGACAAGAAGGCCAAGAAUGACAAGAGCAGCAAGAAGGGGCAGACCCAGCGUCCCAGGCGGAAACCCAGGAAGCAGAGGCGGCAGCGGGCCUAAGUCAGGCCUGAAGAGGACGGAUGCCUUCCCACUGGUGACUGACCCACGGCCUGGCAAUGGCAAUGGACGCACACAAACCACACACCCACCCACCCGCCAGCCCCAGGGCGGGGAUGGGGCAGGUUGAGGAGGAUUCCCUCUGCCCCACAACCUCUUUGUUGCUGCUAUGCCUGACACAGAGAUCCCCCAGCACCUGCAGUGCCUGGGUGCUCUCAGCAAAGCAGGCACCCAGGGCCUCACUUGUCCCACGGCCGAAUAAGUGGGGACCUGGGCGUGGGAGCUGAGCCAUGGCCUCUAGAGGGAAGUGGACAGGCUUCCCACUGAAGGGGAGUUAUUUAGCCUAGCUGAAUGGAUGCUUUUCCUAUGACUUUUUUUGGGGGAUAUUAUACAUUUGUAUUUAUAUUUGAAAACUGUGCUUUCAUUCAGUUUUCCUGAAAGGCUUUACUUCUGUCUCCUUGUGCUUCACAAAGUAGCCUUUAUGCUGCAGGCUAGAUUUUCUGGAAGAUUUCUCUUAUUUUUCUACCAAAUAAACCAUGGCUGCAUUUUAUUUUCCUCUCAUCUCUUUGCUCCUUCUUGCCUUGCAAGGCUGUGGGGAGCUAGACAGGUCCCAUAUCCUGUGCUCCUACCUGAGCUGCUUGCUGGGUGCUUCUUUGCAGAGCAAUUUUAGCACCUGAGAUGGAAAGUUUUGGGGUAACAGUGCUAAAAGUGUGGCUCUGUGUCUGGACUGUUCUAAUCUUUCAGGUUUUAUGGUGCACUGUUGGAUUGUAAUUUGGAUAAAGAUAGCCACAAUUUAUCCCUUUGGUUUUUUAAUUUUCCUUUUUAGGUACAACAUUUCCAUGAAAUCAGAACUAAUUGUUCAAUUUAGUGGAAUUACACCCUUUUAGCUCCCCUGGCUACAAAAUUGCAAUGAAAUCAGAACAAAUUGUUCUGUUUAGUGGAAUUUUACCCUUUUCUUUCCCCUGGCUUUGCUUGUGUCAGGGAUUGAGACACUAUUAAGAUAAAUGCUUAGUUUCCUGGGAAAAAAAAGCCAUCAGCAACUCUCUUAUACUUACUUACGAAAUCUGAAAAGACCACAUGGUGAAAAACACAUGAGAGGUUGUGAAGG